ACCCUGAGUCUCUAUUUUAAACUGGGAACGGUCCCUUUCGGAAGUGGGAGGUCUUCACUUGACAAUGAAGGCAGCGACACACCUCUAAAUAUCUUAACCAGCUGAACAUUCUGAAGUACAAAGGUUAGCUGCAGACUGAAUGAGGAGCUCUUCAACCAUUCACACCCAGUUCAUCGGUGCAGCCUCCACAACUCAACAGAAAGGGUAAAGGCAGGGUCGCAGCUCCAGUCCACCCGCACUUAACCCUUGCUGUUUUCCCUUGCCUUCAUCUGAGCAGUGGAUUAAAAACUUCCCUGGCCUCUCGCUCCACGUUUCCCUGGUUUAAAGGCAGAAGCUGUUUCUCGAGUUCUCCGGACGCACAAAUGUUAUAAGGAAGACAAUGGCGAGCGACCAUGGUCAGGCUCCAGAGGAGGAGUAUGCAGGGCAGGAGCAGCUGUGGGAGAAAAUUGAAAGCAAGCGCCACAUCCUGACAAGAUCCAUCAACCCCAGCAAGCUGACAGCCUAUCUUCGGCAGUGCAAAGUCAUCGAUGAGGAGGACGAGGAUGAGGUCCUGCGCUCGCACCUGCUGAUCUCCAGAAGGGCUCGUGCAAGCCGUCUUCUGGACAUUUUGCGUUCACGAGGUAACCGUGGAUAUGAGGCCUUCCUAGAGAGCCUGGAACUCUACUACGCUGAACUGUACAAGUUAAUAACGGGCAAAGAGCCAACCAGAUGUUGCUCAGUGUUGAUUGUGGAAGAGGGUUACGAAGGACUGACGCAGUUCCUGAUGAAUGAGGCAGUUAAGCUGCAGCAGCAACUGAAGGCCAAGGACAUGGAGAUCCACAAGCUCCACGGCAAGUGUGAGGCCCUGCAGGAGAGCCACAAGCAGCUCAGCCACCACAAUGAGGAGCUGCGGAGCUGCCAGGAGCGCUACAGCAAGCUGAAGGAGGAAUUCAGCCUCUACAACAAUGAGCUGAACAAAAUCAAGGAAGACAACUACCUGCUGGCGUUGCGUUAUGCCCAGCUCAACGAGGAGAAGAGUGUGGCGGUGAUGAGGAGCCGGGUGCUUCAGCUUGAGAAUGACCAGAUGAAAUGCAAGCUGCACGGGAUUGAGGAGGAGUGCCUGAUGGAACGAAGCCUCUCCAGAAAGCUGAAGGAGGACAUCGAGAACCUGCCGAGCAAGCAAAGCAUUAGAAAACUGCAGCUCAACAACGACCAGUUACAGACCACAAUUCAGGAGCUGCAACACAUUGUGCAGGUAAAGGACAGUCUCCCCACCACAGAGAAGGCACUUCUGGAUAUCAUGGAUCAUGAUCGGAAGGAAGCACUUGAAGACAGACAGGAAUUGGUGGAGAAGUUCCAUAACACUACCAUGGAACUCCAGCAAGCAGAGGAACUCCGAGAUAAAUACCUGAGAGAGAAAGAAGAGCUUGGAGUCCAGUCUGCGAUGCUCCUGAAAGAAUGUCAAAUGCACAAGCGCAGGAUGGGAACCAUUUUACAACAACUGGAAGAAGUGGAGAAAGAACGAGACCAGGCUCUGAAGGUUCGUGACGAGGCACAGACCACUUACUCUCAAAGCAUGAUCGAUAACAGUAGGUAUCGAAGGCAGGUAUGGGUGUUGGAAGAGAAGAUGGACAAGCUUCAAAUGGAUCUGACAAAGAAAGACAGGGAGAUUGGCACCCUAAAAUCCCAGCUACACCAACUAAAAGGGAGCAACAAUUCCAUGGACUAUCUGGAUAUCUGUGACUCAUUGAACGGCCACUUAAAUUUAAUUGACUGCAACAAGGACUGUAGCACUACAGACGCGGAGCAAGACUCAUUCCCAAAGUUCUGCAGACAGCCUGGCAUGAAGACAACGGAAUCAUCAUCAACCCAAGGCAGGGAGCUUGCAGACAGUGAAUAUGGUGAAGAUCUAUCUCCAAGGGAGUUACUCUGGACCGAUAUUGAAUACGAGAGGGAGAUAAAUAGGUUCUCGAUGAUACCAUUUCCACCUUGCAAGGAAUCUUUGAUGCGGCGAAUUAAAGAGGAAGAACCAGCCAGCAGGUUUGACUUCUGGCCAACGAGCAGCUUAACGGAUUACGAGGACAGCAGUCCAGAUGAAGGUCAGCCACUUAGGUUGUCGCUCACUCCUAUUUUGUCUGGGUCCAGCUUCUACCCAGGCUCCGAAGAUACCAGCAAAGUGGCUGUCGGGCCUACAGACGGCAAGGACAAAAAGAGGACCCUUUCUCUGUUCUUUUCGCUGCCCGAUCUCACAAGCAUUAAUAGCCCUGUCAAUCAUGACCAUACUGAUAUCACCACCGCCGGGGACAAUGAGUCUGCGAUCUUCGUCAAGUCUGUGCAGCAGAGGUCAGAGGUGGAAAAGGUUGGGUGUCAACUGCGAGCGCUGGAAGAUGAGACGAGGCAGAGAAUAUCAUUUCAACACCACAAAGGAAAGGGUGCAUACUGGACCUUGCAUAGCUAUCCUAGGACAGAUUCCCUCCAACUUCAGCAGGAUGAAGAGGGUUACAGGAAGCUUGAGAUAGUCCUGGAAGACAAGGAGUCGGUGGCUCGAGGCUCCUUCUAUAUCCGAGUGAAUCUGAACAUCCUGGGCCACGUGGAUAGCUGCUCCUUGCAGGUGAAGUGCGAUGAGAUUCUGCAUGUGUUGGACACCGUCCAGCACACAAAAUACGAGUGGCUGUGCGCCCGAGUCGACCCAUUUACCAUGAAGGACAUGGAGCAGGGAACCAUCCCCAGCUACAGCAGAGCUCACCAGCUUCUCCUGGUUAAAAUCUACGCACUGACGGGAACUGUCCAGAAGAAUGAGAGGGAGAAGAAGUUUAUGAAGCAUGAAGUUAAGGUGAAGAAGUCAUGUUCGGAUCAAGUGAGGAUUGUGCCUGCCAACCUUCCAAGGCAACAGCCCAAUGCCAGUAGCCCUUCUCUCAGAUACUGGCAUGAAAAUAAGAAUGAAAAGAUCUUGCCCUACAGCCUGGUUCAGCCAAUCACGGUUCAGGAAAAACGACCGGUCAUCAUCAUGCCAACACUUUUAGCCAAAGCUUUGAUGCACCGUCUGCUCCAGUCAUCGUCCACAUCAGAGUUCAAUGUAGUGCAGCCAGAAAUUGUCAGUGAAGAGCAGCUGAAAACGAAGACACGGUUCUCUUUGCAGAAAAUCAGGAAUCAGGACAAGUACGAGUGUAUUACACUUGAAACUAUCAGGGACGUUAUAGCCAAGGACAAACAUGGCUUGUUGCCAAUAGGAGUGCACUCUGCCAAGGAUUUAAUCACUGAGAAGAUCUACGCCAUCAUCAUUCAUAUCAAAGUGACAUCAAAAAACAUUAAGAAAUUAAGGAAAUUAGCUCCAAAGUCCUCCUGCAGUGACGAUGAAUUCCUGAAGCUGCACCGCAUCGAACAGAAACACCUAGAAUCAGUGCCGUGCCUCUCCGCCACUUUAGAAGCCAACACUUGGAAUAACAUCGAGGAGUUGCAGAAGGUGGUGAAGGAAAGCAUCUUCCAGGAACAGAGGAAGAUUGUCUGGAUUGAGCAGAACAAGCUGUCGCUGGACUCUGAAAGCCCGCCAGUCAACCUGCACAGGCAGCCAAAUGUUUCAACAUGUCUAUAGCGGGGAAUGGGGGAGCUAUGCGUUGGACACUGCCUGGCGAUGAGGUGGGGUGGGGGAGAAAAUAAAUCACUCUUGGUUGAUCUCAACUCAGUUACAGGUCCAAAUCCCCAGCUGAAAGCUGCCCAGAAUUGACCUCAAAUUAACACCAAUCUGACAGUUUUCCCGAUUUGGGAUUUGGAAAAUUCAGAGCUGUGCAGUGAGUUCCAGGGACGGCGCUGAGGGAUACUUUUUGGGCAGUGUAGAGGGAUCCUGUCCUGCAUCUGGCCCUUGCGUUGGGAACCCCCUUUAAUCACCCCUCCUAACACUAGUGAAUAGUAUAGCAGGCAGACUUUGUAUUAUGGUCAGACAGAGGUCAGGCCCAAGUUGAACCCUAUAUGUAACCUUUAUUAAUAAUAACAGAUUAUUGGGUUACAGAGAGCAAACUCGAACCUCACCUAAGAAAUUGAUGUGAAUUUUAUGUCGCAGUAUUUUUUCCUAUAACACUAAUCGACCUACACCGUUACAGGAGGAGUCAAAAUCAAAUGUAGUUUCCAGAUGAGAUGAGGUUAGAAUGGAAGGUUAGGUAGACCAAGGUGCACAGAUGUAAUUCAGUGCCCAGCUGGAAAUCAUAUAUAUGGUGCGUAUUUUAAUAUAAUAUUUGAAAUUUUUAUUGUCAUUUAUAUUUCAAAAGCAAGACUGAUAGAAUUUGGAACACACACGAGUGUGGAGCGUAGGAAUUUUCCCAAGUGCAGGCUGGAGGAUCAAAGCUAUGGUGCUACAGUGCCACCACUGGUGAGAGGUUGUCAUUGCAGUGUGACAAUGUUUACAUAGGCAGUUACUAUUGUAAGUGCAGAAUUUAUAAUGGGAAAAGUCAAGAGAACUGUGAAACUAGGCAACAGGAAGCAAGGUUUUAUAGGUGUAAGAAUUAUUAUUAUCUCCUAGGUAGAUAUUGUUUUUGUUUCUGUCAUUCCAUUAGAAUAUUUAUCCUAUUUUGUAUGUACUGACAGUGUUAAUGGACUUGUAUUUGAUUAUUAUCCAGGUAAUCAGCUGCAUUUAUGCUUCUAUAAGUUUGUUCUGAUUGUGAUUUUGUGCCAUUGAUACCCAGGAGUAUAUUGCGAUCAGGAAACGUGCAGUCUAACAAGCAGUAAAAUUGCUGUCAUGCACUCCAAACCUGAGUACACUUCCUUUUAUUUUCCUCCAAACCUUUCUCCUCUUCCAUCCUUGGGGUUUUAGUGCCGACUCUCUUCGGUAACACACUUGGCUAUUCUUCAGCAGUGAGUUAUUCAGCUGUAUUGGCAUCACAGCAGAGGCUGAUCCCAUCUUCAUCCAAUGACCUCUAGGAUAGUUGGAUAAUAUCCCUGACCAACAGUUCGGCUGACUAUUUAACCGCAUCCACCUAUACCCCUUAACUUGGGCGGGGUAAGGUUGCUGAAACCAAUUUGAUCAUCCCAGUUUUUGGCCCAAAUGAGAACGACUGCACAAACACAGACCCAGGAUCAUGUUCGGGACUCAGUAGCACACCAGGCAUUGGGAUGCAUGCUCAGUAUAUGGAAUAUAAAAUAAAGCAUAGACUUCAUUGACUAUAAGACUACAGAAGUCUCACAGAUGGAAUUCAUUCUAUGUAUAAAUCAUCCAAAUCCCCCUGUUGAAACUUGUAUUGUAAUAUAAGCUGCGAUAUCAGGAGCAGAGUAUAAAUGUUUACACUGAAAUAAAUAUCUUUUGCUAAUUGAG